CCAGAGCUCACCUUACCAGAAAUGAGCUCCGCAGCAGGAUUUGACACAAAAAGCGAGCAAUGCAAGUUGACACGACGACAUCUAAGCUUGAUGAGCAACACAGGAACAUACAGGUUUAGGAGCAGUGAUUUUGGCAGAGAACGAGCAACAUGAACAUGUCAGACAACGAGUCACUGAUAUACUCGGACGGGUAUGACUACGGAUCCGGCUGUGAUGAGGACACCAAUACAGAUUUCCCCAACAAACACAUGGUUAUGCUGGUGCUUUACUAUGUGCUGUUUUGUCUCGGUCUACUAGGCAACAGCACAGUUCUCUGGGUUCUCCUGCGGCACAUAAAAGUGAAAACAAUGACCGAUGUCUGUCUGCUGAACCUGGCUCUGUCUGACCUUUUACUGACGGUGUCUCUGCCACUCUGGGCCUACAGUUCACAGAACCUUGUAUCAUGCAAGCUAAUUACGGGAGUCUAUCAGUUAGGUUUCUACAGUGGGACUUUGUUUGUGACCCUAAUGAGCGUGGACCGCUACCUGGCCAUCGUCCAUGCCGUGGCGGCCAUUCAAGCGCGGACGCUUCGUUAUGGAAUCACAGCCAGUGUCAUCACCUGGGUCAUAUCUGUCAUCAUGGCAACCCCUCAGGUGAUAUUUGCCACCUUGGACAUAGAUGAAGAUGGCACCCCCUGCCACCCAAUCUACCCAGAGGACAGCAAGGACUUCUGGAAGAUGCGGCGAAACUUCAGUGAGAACACAGUGGGCCUUUUUGUGUGCCUUCCCAUCAUAGUUUUCUGCUAUGUGAAAAUCCUUGUUGUGCUCUCAAAGUGCAGGAACUCCAAAAAGAACAGAGCUGUGAAGCUGAUUUUCACCAUUGUGUGUGUGUUUGUGGUGUGUUGGGUUCCGUACAAUGUCCUGGUUUUCCUUCAGUCCCUGGAGCAGCUUAGAGUUCUGAACAAUUGUCAUGUUUCAAACGCUAUCGACUCUGCCAUGAGCUUUGCUGAGAUUAUUGCACUGUCUCACUGCUGUAUAAAUCCAGUAGUUUAUGCAUUUGUAGGGGAGAAGUUCAGGAAGUCACUGGCCAGGGUGCUGUCUAAAUACUCAUCCCUGAGUUACCUGACUAGAAGUGCUUUGAGUGAAGGAGACACGACAGAGAAAGAGACCUCCCACACACCUGUUAGAUCAGACUAUUAGAAAGCCGUCAUCUGUGGUGAUGGUGGUGGUGGUUGCACAUGUGCUCGCAAUGCUGUUUUUUUUUUUGUUGUUUUUUAACUACAAAGAGGACAAAAUAUGUUUCUCUCUGUGUGUGUGUGUGUGUGUGUGUCAACAGAGAUGUCCGAAACACCUGUCAAAUCUGACUAUUGGAAAGGUGUCAUCUGCAUCAUGGUGGUGGUUGUAUGUGUGCUUGCCAUGUUUUUUGUUUAUUUUUAAUGAAGCUUAGAAAGUACAUACAGGACAAAUUGUGUUUCUCUGUGUGUGCAAGUGUGGUGUACUGCUUCUGAUUUGUGCUUCUGAGAGCUGUAAAAUUGUGCGUAGACUAUUCACAGUAACAAGGGAGUGAUUCAUUUAGAGAGUGCAUAGAAUAAAACUAAUUUCUAAAAGAUUUAUUCAAAUCAUGUAAUCAUGUACAUAACGUCCAACUAUACUUAGUUCAAGCAAAAUAAAAAAAUAUCAAAGGCACGUGCUCUUUCUUACUUCUUUUAAUUGAAUGAUUGAUUUCUACCUGUUCUUUUGUGCGUGUGUGCGUGUGUGUGUGUGUGUGUGUGUGUGUAUGUGUGUGUGUGUGUGUGUGUGUGUGUGUGUGUCUGUGUGUGUGUGUGUGUGUGUGUGUGUGUGUGUGUGUGUGUGUGUGUGUGGGCGUGCUACAUAUGUGAAAGUAAAAAUAGUCAUACAACAGCGCAUAGCCCUUGAAGUGACAAAACUAUUGUCACGCUGUCAUUCUUGGAAACUUAUUAGUGUUUGACAAGAAGUUUGCAGAGCAGAGUCGUUGUAUCAUAUAAAAACAAUCCAUUUGACUCGCAAAGCCAGUGUUUAGUCAUACAGGCCCAAAAUUCAGCUGCUGACUGAAUCAAAAUGAUGCAUAAAAACAUUAAGAUCUAUCAAAUGCCAUAGUGACAUCUGAGCUUCUACGUCAUCUGUGGUGAUGGUGGUUGCACAUGUGCCUGCAGUGCUGUUUUUUUGUUGUUGUUUUUUAACUACAAAGAGGACAAAAUGUGUUUCUCUCUCUCUCUCUCUCUCUCUCUCUCUCUCUCUCUCUCUCUGUGUGUGUGUGUGUGUGUGUGUGUGUGUGUGUGUGUGUGUGUCAACAGAGAUGUCCAAAACACCUGUCAAAUCUGACUAUUGGAAAGGUGUCAUCUGCAUAGUGGUGGUUGCAUGUGUGCUUGCAGUUUUUUGUUUAUUUUUAAUGAAGCUUAGAAACUACAUAGAGGACAAAUUGUGUUUCUCUGUGUGUGCAAAUGUGGUGUAUUGCUUGUGACUCGUGAUUCUGAGAGCUGUAAAAUUAUGCAUAGACUAUUCCCAGUAACAAGGGAGCGAUUCAUUUAGA